AUGGACAUCUUGGACAGCCACGCUGAGCUAGAAGAGCAAAUGAGGGAGUGUGUCGAAGGCGUGGUGGAAGAUGCUAUCAAAGAUGGCGAACGCCGCAAGCGCCGUGUAAGAAGGUAUUUCAAGCGGGUAGAGAAAAUGGUGAACCGCGAGAUCGCUAGAAGGGACGCCAGCAGACGCCGAACAAACCGAUCCAGACUAUUCUCCCGGUCAUCGUUCCGCCGGAAGCCAUCGAGCAAGAUCGAGAUAUUACUAAACCCCGACACCAAUGAUGGCUUCUUCUUCAACAUUGGCCAGGAGCGCAUGAGAAAUAUGGCUGCCUUGGACAAGGCCAAGGAGUUGAUGCACAAGCAACAAAUACUCAUCGCCUUGGCCCAUAGUGCGAUGGUCUGGGAUCCAGAGCGCGUCUUUUUCCACGAAGGGAAGAUCCAGGGUCAGCUCUGGACGGACGGGUUCAAAGAGGAGCACAUCCGCAAGGUAGAAGGCGACCUGUGGUGUGUCCGGAUGAAGUGGAGGGCGGAAGAAGGAUGCAAAUGGAGGCCCAAGACGAUCCAUGUCUGCGGGAAAUUCGGCCGCCAGGACGCAGAGCAGGUCAACUGGGUCCUCCCCAUCAGAGGUAAUUGCUCUGAAGCCGAACUUGACGUCGAGAUUUUUGUUUUCGACGACUUCUAUGACGACGAGGAAUGGGGUGAUCCGGAUGAAGGACGAAGUUUAUGGGGGAAUGAUAGUGAGGAUGAAAAAUACUAA